AUGAAUACCAUCCAGCAAAAGUGUCGGCCGAAGCAUCAGGUCCUCGUCUUGAAGUGCUACCCGCGAACAGCCAAGGGAGCUGUUGACGUCAAGCCCAAUUCGAGCGAGCUCAGUUACCUGCUAUUCUAUGCCCAAUCACGGCGCUCCAAGAUCCAGAAAGUUGGCAGCUUUCUGGAGAAGAAAACAGCCAGCGAUGUAUACCGGCUGAGGAUAGGAAAUGUCCAAGUGACGCUCGGCAUCCUCACGGCCUUGAUCGAAAAGACGCCCAAGGAUCUUCCCCUGUUUGCGUCAUGCGUUCUCAACAUCCUCGACCAAAUACUCAAGUCCAAUGAUAUCACAAUGGUCGAGUCGUCCCUCCCCACGUUUGAGGCAUUUUGCGAGCAUCACGACCCAACUUCGCUGCUGGGUGACCAGGCCUAUCUCCGCCAAUAUCUGUCUAUAGUUCAGCGAUAUGCCUCCUUGGCCUCAACCCGUGCGAUCCCCGGCAAGCUCGAGCCUAGUAAGCCAUUGGCGCUGCGGUGGAGGAACUCGGGUCUGGAAGCCAUCAAGAGCGUUGCCUCGUCCGAGGCCCUGUCCUCGGUCACUACUCAGCAAUACAGCGUGGCUAUUCCCAUGGUAUUGGAGAAUCUCUGGACGGAUAAUGAAGACUUUUUGGAUAUUCUGCACCAGCGAGCAGAAAUGGACGACAAGAUAGGAGGCUCGCCACUGCUAAGGAGGCGGACGAGUAUCGCUACAGUGCAAACAGCCGGGACAGAUGGUGAGCCAAACCCUAUUGCGCUUGCCGGGACGGCUGUCGACGCGGACAAGCUGGCAGAGGAGGAUAUUGGUGUUCUGGCCAUGCAAUGCCUCAAGGAGAUCUUUGUGGCCCCAAACCGGCCCCAGAUCCAUGCGGCAACUCUGGCUGUGUUGAAAUUUAUCGAGGAGCGAGUGAGCCAACGCGAGCCGGUGGUGAGGACCGAUAUGCACGGAAAGGACAGCGGGUGGGCCAUCAAGAUCUUCUUGCUGGCUGCUCGCUGGACGCCGGUGGCCGAUCGAUUUACCAUCCUGAUAACAGCAAUGGAUACACUCGCUUCAUAUCCGCUGACCGAUGAAACCCUGGAGCAGCAUAUCGUGAUGGCGGCCAUCAUCGGCGCACUUCUGCGGUCUGACAUCAACCUGAUCGGCCUUAGUGUUAUGGAUAUUCUGCUUCAGUUCAUUGCUCACAUUCGACGGCUCGUUCAGAUGCCAGGGGACCCAAACAGCAUGAGAAGCGAGCCUCUCAAGCCCGGCAUGCCAGACCCGCGUUCGCCGGUGACUCUCGAGUUUGCCGAGAAGCUUGAUCGAGCGGCCGCCGAGCGCAAGAACCUGCUUCUUCGACUGCAAGAGUGCAUAGGAGACUUGGCCACGCAUGUUUACUACGCGGACCAGAUCUCUGAUAUGAUCGCUGCAAUUCUUGCCAAACUCAAGCCUGCGAGGUCGAAUAGUAUUUCUGGAUCUCCACAGGGCGAGAAGGUGGACGGAACCCCUGGGUCAUCGGCGAACGCGCUUGCCGACGAGCAGCACAUCGACUCUCUCUUCGCUCUUACCGUUGCAAAGAUAGCAGCUCUGAGAGCCAUCAAGUCUAUUCUGCUGGUGGCAAAUCCGAGGAGCAAGAUGAGUGGCAAUGUCGGGCUUUCCAGAAACCACGUGCCUGUUUCCACAUGGGAUGGCACUCAAUGGCUGCUGAGGGAUCCGGAUGGACUCGUGCGCAAGGCAUAUGCCGAUGCUUUGGUGACCUGGCUUGAACGAGAGACCACCAGCGCCGAUGGGAAGGUCCGCGAUGAGACGGCGAGAUCGGCCGUGAAGAACAGGGAUGCUCAGGCGGCAUCGCUUGCGAGGAGGGCCGUCUCGAGCGCUUCUGCUCGGGAGAAGCCGGUCAAGACGCCACGGUCACAAUUCCUGCAGCUCAUCCAUCUUGCCAUAUAUGACAAUGCUGUCCAGUAUGUCGACUACGAGACUGACAUGGUUUUGCUUCAUGUUCUGCUCGCCAAGUUGGUCAACCGGCUCGGCAUCAACUCUGUCAGAUAUGGUCUGCCCAUGAUCUUCCGGCUCCAGGAGGAUAUCCAAGAUGCCGAGACGCCGAUUCAAAAGGUUCGCAUCGGCAGCUUGGUCCAUGGCUAUCUGUGGAUCUUGACCGAGAAGUUCGAGUUCGACGGCGUGCCUGUUGGGAGAGCUAUCCACAACGAGAUUGUGCGCCGCCGCAGCAAGAACUUCUGGGUGGAAGGCAUCAACGUUCCGGUUCCUGUGAUGGAGCUGGUGGGGACACCUGGUAUGGCCCGGCCGCAGCCAAGGUUACCGCUCAAGGAGAUCGAAUCCGAAGCGCUGCUUCCCUUUGAUGAGCGAGACGCAUUGGUUGAUGCGGUGUGCGCUGGCUAUCAGACGUUGACUACCUCGCCGCCUACGAGCCCGGCCGCUAGCCCCGGCAGGAGCUUUACUCACCCCAUGCUGGGUGUUAACCUGAACGCGAUCCCAACCAUCGAGACGGAGAACAGGGUUCCAGACCAUGUUCGCGAGCAAAUGCAUAACGAGUGGAGCCGUGAUAUUGUCUUGGCAGCUGUUCAGAAUACUAGCAAAUCCGCCUCUCUCGCCGGGUCGCGAACCACUGGCACCCGUAAUGGAACUGGCGGAGGCCUUGCAGUCAACGGCAACGGUCUUCGUCCAGACCGCAUGUCUCCUCACGGCAGCAAGACGAACCUCCGUCCUUCCACAUCGCCUGCGGGUCUACGAAAGUCGAGCUUGCGUAGUGGCCACUCGCCAGCCCGGACCAACACAAGUGAUGGUAAGGAGCAGGUGACCUCGGUAGAGCAGCUCAAGCUUGUCUUGUCUGGCCAUCUUCAGCCACCAUCUACCUCGCAUGGCGCAGGGUUCCAGCCGCAGCAUGACGAUUCAAGCAGCGACAGCCUUGUCAGUUAUGAUCUGACACCGAGCGAGCUUUCGUUCAACCCUCCUGUUGCUGGCGAGAUGGAGACAGUGCCGGAGGGAGCUGGUCUGGAGUUGGACAAGGUUCCCACCUACCACGAGCGCAAGUCUUCUCUUCCAGGGGGGCCUCUCAGCUCUCACCCGACGCACGAGGAGGAUGAGGAUCAAGACGGGAGAGUACCUCCGGUACCGAAGAUUCCGGAGGGUGUGCCGGGAGUUCGGGUACAUAAAACAUCGGCUCAUGAUUUUGCGACCCUACCGAGGCCAUCGACGUCGAAGCGGAGCCUCAAGAGCCGAGGUGGCGGUCAGAAUCGGUCGCUCUCGUCAUCUUGGAUGUCGGCCGAGGAUAAGCUGCCGGUGAUGGAUCUCCAGGCGUUGUUGAAAGGGAUUGACAGUCAUGGUGGAGACCAGCAUUUGGGGGGCAUCACGAAGCCUCCUUACUAG